UUUUUAAUAUUUCCAUAGAUUCAUAUUUUCCUCCGUGAAGUGGUAUAAGCGAAAUUACGAUGGUGGCAAACGUUUUGGUCCCGGAAAUCCCGCGAAGUGGCUUCAACUUCUCGAAUACGAUGAGGAAUUCCAAGUUGGAGUCUAAAGGAAUGACUCUGCCCAAAGCAUUCAAAACUGGCACCACGAUUGGAGGACUUGUGUUUAAGGAUGGUGUUAUACUGGGAUCUGAUACCAGAGCAACUGCUGGGUCGAUCGUGGCCGAUAAGCUGUGUGAAAAGAUUUACCGGCUGGCCCCGAACAUUUAUUGCGCUGGUGCGGGAACAGCUGCCGAUAUGCAGCACACUGUCGAGUCAGUCGAGGCACAGUUGGAAAUGCACCGACUCAACACGGGUCGCACUGUCCCCGUUCGUUGUGCCAAGCAGAUUCUUCAGCAACUUUUGUUCCGAUACCAAGGCUACAUUAGUGCAUAUUUCAUCGUUGGAGGGGUAGAUUUUCAUGGUCCAUAUUUGGCCGAAAUUCAUGCCCAUGGGAGCGCCAUGGUACUUCCAUACACGUCAACGGGAUCGGGUAGUUUGGCUGCCAUCGCUAUGUUAGAAGCCGCCUGGAAACCUGAUAUGGAAGAGGAAGAAGCGAAAAAAUUGAUGAGUGAUGCUAUCACUGCUGGUAUUAUGAAUGAUUUGGGCUCAGGUUCAGUUGUGAAUUUGAUGGUAAUCAAGAAGGACUCUGUUACCGUUUUGAACAAAUUCAACCAGCCGGUUUCAAAGGGUGAAAGGUCGGGAACAUAUCGGUACAAGAAAGGUACCACGGCAGUCUUGUCCACAAAUAUAAUUCCUAUUGAAGUGGAGAGCUCCGUGGUGCACCACGUUGGCGCGGAUACUAAAUUGGUUCCAACAGCUGUGGAUCAUUUGCGAUGGUUAGCGCAGAAAGUCGCGUUAGGGCAGGAUAUUUUCCUUCUUGGCCCUCCGGGUCCUCAGAAACGUCAGCUGGCUACUUUGCUAUGUUCGGUUUUGAAUCGUGAAUUUGAAUAUGUUCCGAUUUCGAGAGAUACCACUGAAGCUGACCUGAAACAGCGGAAGGAGAUCCAAGAUGGUUGCACUCGAUUCAUUGACCAGAGUGUGAUUGAAGCUGCGUUGAAUGGACGAAUUUUAAUCAUUGAUGGUAUUGAGAAAGCUGAACGGAACGUGUUGCCGGUUAUAAAUAAUCUAUUGGAAAACAGAGAAAUGCAACUGGAAGACGGUCGUUUCCUCAUGCAUCCGGUGCGGUACGACGAAUUACUCGAGAAAUAUGGCAAAGCGAAGAUAGACUCGCUGCGGGUGGCUCGUGUGCAUCCGGACUUCGUUGUGAUCGGUUUAGGCAUUCCAGUUCCUACGUUUCCUGGGCAUCCUCUGGACCCACCUCUCAGGUCCAGAUUCCAAUGCCGUAAUGUUGGAGCUAUUCCGUACAAGGAAUUAGUAUCGCAAAUGGAGAAGAUUAGUACAACCCAUACGGUAGCCACAAAGCAGCUGUGUUCUUGGGCUUAUUCAAUGCUCUCCGAUGAAUGGAGGACGCUCGGAUUACCGCAUUUUCCGAUGGGUUCGAUACCCCUUGCUGUUCAACUCAUGAACAGAAUCGGGGAUCAAGAUAUCGUUGGAAUUGUGCGAAGAUUGUACCCGUGGACGUUGUUCCCGGUUGAAUCCUUCGACUUGAAAGAGUCUUCUUCGAAAGGAAAGAAGCAGGAAGUUCAUGUUGUGAAAAAAUCAUUGGAGAAAUUUGGACUCAACGCUAGUCCAAAGUCGCAAAAUAUCGUGUCGGAAGUCAAUCGUACGGGUGCAAAUGCCGCUGAAGUCAUCUUGAGCAAUCAAAGUUCAUUCCAUGUACCGGUUGGAGAUCAGUUGCUGGGAGAAGUGAAUCAGUCUCUAUCUUCCAAAUUUGUAUCCACACCAAGUUGUGUAAAGCUGCUCAGUGAAAUGAUUGAAAGCCACUCCGUGCAUGAUAUUUGCUUGGUUGGCCCGAAAGGCUGUGGAAAAACUGCGAUUAUUCACGAGUUCGCCCGUAGGUUGGGAUAUGAAAUUGAACCAGUUGUCAUGUUUCAGGACAUGACAGCACGAGACUUGUUGCAACAGCGGGGUACCAGUUCUAACGGCGACACUUAUUGGCGAAUUUCGCCGUUAGUUUCUGCGGUUCUGAAUGGUAGACUAGCUGUGCUAGACGGACUGCAUCGUGUUCAUCCAAGUACACUUAAUGUAAUUCAUCGGCUUGUACAUGAAAGAGAACUUCAGCUUCAAGAUGGUCGCAGAAUUCUCCGACAUGAUGUUUACGACAGGCGGAAACAGGAAUAUUCCUGGAGCGAUGAAGCCAUGGCGUCUAAAGGACUUCUCAGGAGCCACCCGAGCUUCAGGAUGAUCGCAGUGAGUGAAACCUGUGGAGGACCUGGUGGCAAAACAAAGUCCAGCAUCGAUUGGCUGAAUUCAGAAAUUCUGUCGAUGUUCUUAUUCCAUGAAUUUCCGGACUUGUCGUUUAAGGAAAAAAUGGAUAUCAUUUGGUCUCUGGGAGCUAAACCGGAUGACAGCUUAGGAAAAAUCUGUAAGCUGUCUGAAAGUUUGAAUCGAUCCCAGGAUCCCGUGAAAAGGUCUCUUGGAAGUUCUCUAUCGUUUCGCCAGCUCCUCCGUGCUGCUAGGGUUUUACAGUCUCAUCCGGAUACGAAUCCAGUUGAUCUGGUCCAUCGGGCUUGUUUGCACAAAUUUCUUCCCGCUGUUGCUCGCGAAGUGCUUGACUCGGAAAUGUUGGAGCUCGGUUUGAUUUCGGACGCCAAACAAGAAAAAGAAAUCACGUGGGAAAUCACCCAAGGAACUUUGAGAAUCGGAGACGUGUCUGUCAAAGUGGCGGAUCCAGCAUCGAUUGCGAAAGUUCCAUAUUCGAAAUUUUUCGAUAUCAAGCAGCAGUUGGCAACAUUGGAAAUGAUGUUGAGUGACUUCAUAUUGGGAGAACAUUUGCUCUUGAUUGGAAAUCAAGGUGUUGGGAAGAACCGGUUGGCGGACAGGAUGUUGAAUUUGCUCUCUCGUCCUAGAGAAUACAUCCAGCUGCAUCGGGAUACAACCGUGAGCAGUCUUACUGUCCAGCCGACCGUGAAAGAUGGUAUUGUCGCCUAUGAGGAUUCCCCGCUUGUCACCGCCGUGAAGGAAGGGCACGUUCUUGUCGUUGAUGAAGCUGACAAAGCACCGACUCAAGUUACGUGUAUCUUGAAGACCCUUGUAGAAGAAAGUGAAAUGGUAUUAUCAGACGGACGUAGGAUCGUCCCGUCUCACGCGAGGACAGACGACGUGAACGCAAUUGUGAUGCAUCCGGAAUUCCGGAUGAUCGUUUUGGCAAACCGUCCUGGAUUUCCUUUCCUUGGAAAUGAUUUUUUUGCUGUCUUGGGGGACGUUUUUUCGUGCCAUAUAAUUGACAAUCCUGAUUUGGAAAGUGAGCUUAGUUUACUGGCUCAGUACGGUCCGAAUGUUCCGAAGCACGUUCUCCUUCCGCUCGUGAGGGCAUUUCAAGACUUGCGAACAUUGGCUGACGAAGGGACAUUGGCUUAUCCGUACUCCACAAGGGAAGCUGUCGCAGUUGUGAAACAUCUGCAGGCUUUUCCGGAGGAUGGAUUGAUUGAUGCUCUGAAGAAUGUAUUUGACUUCGAGACAUAUUCGAAAGAGAACAUGGAUGCAGUUACGACUGUGUUGACAAAGCACGGAAUUCCCAUUGCUGCGACUGCCACGAGUGUUCGACUUGGCGAAGAAGUGAAAGCGUAUUAUGGAAUGCGUCAAGUUUUACUUUUGAAUCAUUUGUCGUUGUCCAUACGACAUUGCGUCAGCCGAAAUGCUUAUUCUAGAAGUAAACUUUAUUUUAGGAAAAGGCUUCCUGACCCAGUUGUUUACGGAUCAUGGAGUAUUAUGAAGGAUUCGCGGAAACUGCUUCCACGGCAACACCGUCCCAUCAGAGUGAAGGGGCCUGUGCGUGUGGAAACAUCGGAGGGUGUUCUGGACCGUGUGGAAUCCCGGGUUUCUGGCUUCACCGAGGAAAGUGCCUACUGGCAAAUGCCCAUUACACAUUACGACACUGUCAAUGACAUGACUACGUUUUGUGACGGAAGCGAUACCUUCGUUUACGUGGCCACAUCUUACCCUCCUAGUGUUUAUGAGAUGAACUUAAACUCAGGAGAUAUGAACGCAUUGAGGGUUCGAAAAGCUCUGGGGACCCCGACUUCGGGGGUUGCGAACUCCAAGAGGUUCACAUUGCAGGCGUUACCGCUAGUUUCAACCAACGGUGGACCCUUGAUUCUGCUUCACGAUUCUGAGAUGAACAGUUUGAACUUGGUGGAUCCGCGGAGUCAAGAGGUCACGAGGUUACUCACAUUGUCCACCGUUGAGUCAGUCGCUGAUAGUGUGAUCCGGCCGUUCAGAAUGACAUCGAAUCCUGGGCCAAAAUUUGAAAUGGUUCCUCUGGAAGGAACGUGUGAAGUGACUUUGUUUCACCCAGGGGGACAGAGUCUGGGAUUCGUUAAUGCUGAGCAAAGAGUUUAUACUGAGGUAUCUGUGCCUUUUAUGCUGAGGGAUGUUUUUCCCCUGGAUGAGGAUUCAUGGAUGCUGGUUGAUGAAAAGCUGAGAAAAUAUUUUUUGACGAAAUCGCAUUCGAACACUGUGGCUGGAUAUUAUCUUGAAGAGAUGAUGAGCAACUUCCGAGGGAAAUGUUUGAACAUCGACAAAAUGUCGACAGCUGGACUAUCUGACGAGCAUUUGAGUCUGGCCGUGAAAGAGAAACUUUCCUGCCCGAAUUCACUUAUUGCAGCCCACGAAUCCUUCGCAGAUGUUGCGAUUGGUUUCCCAGACUUGAAGGCCAGCCCCAACGAAGUUUACCGUUUUCCAAGACCAACCCCCGUAGAAUCCAGCUGGUCGGGAAGACGAAAAUCAUUGAUGCUAGUAUCUGAAGGAAUGAUUGUUCGAGCUUGGCCGCAGUCGUCUUUGCAAAAUGGCGAAGAAACGAAUGAUAAGUCUAGUCUAGCGGGAUGGCUUGAAGUUGUGAAUAUUGUCAACAAUACUGUGAAGAGUCUCCCUGUGAAGUCAACUUCUUUUUUGGAGAGCGGUGCGUGGUUCGGCAGUUCAACGCCGUCGUAUGAAUUGUGGAUAGAUAACGUUGAAAGCAUUCAUGGUGGAGACACGCCUGGUGAUUUGGUGUCCCUUGACAAUUUUGGCUGCCUUCGCAUGUGGCAAAUAUCGCCAUCGAGCCUUUCCACUUCUUUGAGCAAAUGGCGGGAUCUGGUCGGAACUCGGGUUCCUGAAGAAAUGCCCCAGGUCACGAUUCACAGAUCAAAUUGGAAUCCUGUGAGUGAACCGAAGCAUGGGAAAGUUGAUCCGAAUAAUGAUCCUCACGUUGGUGGGAAUACUUGGGCUGGAGGAACUGGUGGAAGAGAUACGGCUGGUCUGGGAGGAGUCGGUGGUCCCUAUCGAUUAGAUUCCGGCCACAACGUUUUUCAGGUUUCUGAUGCUGAGAAAGCUGCGGUGCCUCCUGAAGUCUUAGCCGCUGCCAGAGAACUGGCUGAGAAAACUUUUAAAAAGAGAAUGGAAGAAAUAAAAAUGAAUCCGCUGGAAAUCCACCUUUAUCAGAACAUCAUAGACAGAAUCGGUCCCGAAAUCAAGAAACUUAGAACUAUCAUUUCGACUCUUCAAGCGAAGGAUAAAGAGCGUCAGUGGGUGAGGCUGCAAACUCAAGGAGAUCUUGAUGACGGCAGAAUUGUGGAAGGUUUGACUGGUGAGAAGACAAUCUACAGACGAAGGGCGGAGAAAGAACCGGAAUUGGGAACUCCGCAGGUGAAGCCAAAGCAUAUCCGCCUCGUUGUGGAUGUUUCAGGCAGCAUGUACCGUUUCAACGGUUAUGAUGGCCGACUGGGCAGAGAACAAGAGGCUGUUCUCCUCAUGAUGGAAGCGUUUCUUGGCUCAUCAGAAAAGAUUCGUUACGAUAUUUAUGGACACUCUGGCGAUUCCGAAUCCGUGCCGCUUGUCAAAAUGCACUCCCCACCGUCGAAUCCGAAAGAACGUUUUGAUAUCCUUCAGAUGAUGGAGGCACAUAGUCAAUUUUGUUUAUCUGGGGACAACACGAUAGCUGCGAUUGAACGCGCUGCAAAGGAAGUCAAUGCUCUUGAAAAUUGCGACGAAAAGUUCGUAGUGGUUCUGAGUGAUGCGAAUCUGGAGCGUUAUGGAGUUUCCCCGCGCAGGCUUGCGUUUGCUAUCGAGUCGCAGCAGGAUGUCAAUGUUACUGUCGUGUUCGUUGGAUCGCUGGGACCUCAAGCCGAAAGGUUGAAGCAGUCAUUGCCAGCUGGUCGUGGACAUGUCUGCAUGGAUACCAAACUGCUUCCUCAAAUCUUGCAACAAAUUUUUGCGUCCAGCCUUCUUCGGAUGGCUUUGGUUGAUUACGGUGAUAGUGAUACAGAUGUGAGUGACGAAGAAGGUGGCUCAUGCGUGAUCUUAAGUUCCGCGAAAUCGUCGCCCGUGAGCAUUGUUGCUGAACAACGUGUUGAGCCUGUAGUCCCGCUUCCGGUUCAAGGAUCAAGCAAGUUGAAAUUGAGCUCGUUGCUCCCAAAGCCAAGAGUUGUUGGAGAAAAUGAGCCCGCAAAACCCCGAAAUGAGGGAUCCGACUCGAAGCAAGCUGAGCACCAUUCUCAUGGGCUUUUCCACGCGUUGCCGAAGCCUGCUGUGAUACGGAAAGAAGAUAAAGCCGGAAUUGCGCGCGAUGAUGUUAUCGAAGACUUCGUGAGAAAGGUGCCUCCGUCUCAGGUUGAAAGUGUCCUCGGACCCGUGAAAAGGAGUGCGUCUGGGAAAGUGAAAAUAAGCUUUCCUGCGAUCAGUUCGGUGAGUCAAAUUUCCAUGGUUGGUGGGGGGUGCAUGAUUGGAAGCCUUACUACGAUGUCGGACAAGGGAGGCAGUCCGGAAAUCCUGAAGGAAGUGCGACUUCCGCUGAAAUUACGAUGGGGCCCGGAAAUUCAGGCAACUCGAAAUCCGAACAAUUCGAGCGAUAUUCGAGAUUCCGACGCGUAG